AUGUCUGCAUGUCAGAAGGCUGCAGCAUGGGAGUCAUCUCUGAAAGUCUUGGAAGUAAUGCAGUUGCAUGGACCAGCGCCUGACGUGGUUAGCUACAACAUCACUCUCAGUUCCUGCGAAAAAGUUGGACAAUGGCAGUGGGCUGUGUGGCUGCUGCACACCAUGCCCCUUCUGAAAGUGAGACCAGAUUCCAUCAGUUUCAGCACCGCAAUGAGUUCAAGUGAAGCAUUUGGCAGGUGGGUCAUGGCCUUGGAGCUCUUUUCGACCUCGGAUCACGAUCUUCACGACAUCGUGAGCUUCACCGCGUGCAUCGGCUGUUGCGCCAAGGGGGCGCAAUGGCUUCAGGCGCUUCAGCUGUUGAGGGAUGCCGUGGAGAUCCGGGAUGGCCAGUUGGAUGCGAUUUUGUACAAUGCCACCAUGAAUGCCCUGCAAAAAGCCGGCAAGUGGCAACAUGCCUUGCGUUUGCUGGAGGAAAUGCGAGCACUUUCCAUGUCAAGCACUUUAGCAAGUCACACCAGCCUUAUUAGUUCCUUCGAAAAGUCUGCACAGUGGGAAUGGGCUCUACAGCAGUUUUCUGAGGUGGCAGGGCAGUUCUCUCCAAAUCUGGUGGUCUUCAAUUCGACCAUCAGCGCCAUGGCAGCUGGGGCUCAAUGGUCCUUGGCUGCGACUCUACUGGAGCUCGUGCAGAACCACUGGACACCAGACAGCUUGACCUACAAUUCAGUCUUGAGUUCGCUUCAAAAGUCCAAGCAGUGGCAAUUGGCACUGCAGCUGUCGAUGCUACACGAUCUACGCCUAGAUCUUCCAGGUUACCACGCCUUGGUCGACUCCCUUGAAACUGCACAUCGGCCGGAGGUCUCCGUGAGCGUCUCAUGGCGAGCUGGUGGUUCUCAUUCUGCUCUGCGACUGGAAGAUUUUGAAGCUCCCAGCGACAGUUUGGAAUCGAAGGAAUCGAAGGAAUGGGGCUUUGAAAACUUUGGAACUGGUGUCAUGAAGCUCUUUGAAAAGGCCUUCAGUGAAUCCACAGAUCCACGACCAUUUCAGCAGCUCCAAAAUGUCCGACAUCUCACCGAAGCCUCAUCCUGGCGGUUCAAGAGGAGGCGUUACUGA